GUGGCACGGGGUAAGGGUGAGGAGGGGAUCCGUUGACCGUGACUGAUGCAAGCGUAUAUGGGCCUGAAUAUUCCAUUCUCUUCAUGCGGCAUGAACCUUCCGUUCCCUCUCUCUUGUUUAAUAGCGUAGGGGGGUCCCCUGCGCGCGUGGGAAGGAAAACAUGUGCUAAAAGCCGGUGCACGUUAGAGGGAAUGCAGAGUUGAAACGAGCGCGCCUGGAAGCGGUAUCCGGGUCGGAUAGCGGGAUCGAGACUCACACUCGCGUUACUUGUAUUUGUAAACAACAUGUGUGAAAUAAGAGGCGCGUUAUCGGCGUUGUGCAGGUAUAUCAAUUCGUUAAUAAACGUAGGAUUGACACCCGAGCAUCUGAGAUUAUCCAAAUACGAUGCUGCGGACGAGGAUGUUUCCGAGACGCUACGGAACACGCUGCACGUUCUGAGCUAUCAUGCAGCGAGAGAAAAGCGAGGGGAUAUAGAUUUUCGAGAUUACGAUACGCUGACGGCGAUGAAGCUGCAUCUCGCGUUUCUGCAGUAUCCAGCGAUAGAAUUUUACAGUCUGUCGAGAAGCAGAAACGAUCGCAACAGAGACUCAUUGGUAGCUUUAGCUUGGCUGCUGGAAACGCAAAACGUCCUGACUGUCGUCCUCCGAACGAAGCUGGCCGGUGGCGUCUUGGGCGCCGAAUGUUCACGCGUGGAUCCGCCAAAAGUUCGUAGAGAAGAAUAUUUCUCGUACAUGAUCUAUUUGUCAAUAUAUCAUCUUUACGUUUCUAUUUUGAUCCAGAAGUCCUCUAUCCAAUCCGCAACAUCAGUCGUACGACUGGACGAUCAACUGACGAACACUCAACUUGCCAGUAUCUUAUACCUCAACGCCAAGGUGAAUUUGAAUCUACGGGAGAUCGACGAAUUGACGCGCGAACGAGGGAGCUUGGUGUCCAAGGUACACGCAGCGAGUAUCAAUGUAAGCGGUCUGCCGCAUCUGAACGUGUCCGAAUCGGCGUUGACGAAACGCCUGGCAAUGAUGAACGUUGACGAGAGUUCCGGUGACGAGGAACGACGGCGAGAAUUCCGCGACGCCGGGAUUUUGCUGGACACGCGUGCCAAGUGGCUGCGAAGGCGACACGCGUUCUUCGACUGGAUGGUUACGGUGAUUCAGGAGCACAGAAAAUCCACGGAGACGAAUCCGAGAGAGAUCGAUUCGCAGGAACUCGGCGCCUUCAACUCGUUGUUGCGUCAAUUGAUUAGGAAGAAGCUCCGAAAUCUUACAUCCAUGAAGACGGUGGGCAACGAGUUUCGAAACACGGCCUUAGAUUGUCCGUCUCGCACGCACAGAAGUAGUCAGUGUAAUAAUAGCGAGGCACAAAACUGGUUAGACGAUUUGAAUGAACACCAGAAGCGCGAGGAGGCAUAUCUCCAACGGAACAGGAAGCAACUGGCCGACGAGUUGGAAAGAAUGCUAAAGCUGAUACCAUCCACUAUUCGCGUAUAAUCGACGUAUUAUUAUUUUCCUCUCGUAUUAAACGUACGCUUAUACAUUUAAAAGAUUUAUUUUAUAUAAAAAUUUUAUAAAUUAUUAUCACAUUGAAAUUAAAAAAAGUGUUUUCUUAAAUUAUCCACGCGAAUAAAUCGUUUACAUAUUCAGUUAUAUGGAUGAAAAUGAAUACAAUUUAUAAUGAGAAUGCAAACAACGAAUGUGUACAGAAUGAUCCAAUGCCACACGCUAAAAUAUCUGUCUUUGACGACAUAAAAAAAUGUUUAAAAAAGAAAAAAGAUUCUGACUUUUCAUCUUUCAUCGUAAUUCAAUAUUGUAGCAAUUAAAAAAAUCUUAAUUUUAAAUUAUACCAGAUAAUGCAUAAAUAAUAUAUAAAAAAUGAAAUUUUCUAUAACAAUUUGUUUUAAAUCAAGCUUUUGUCUCCUUAAUAUCGCAUGAAAAACAACGGAAAUAUGUUAUCCAACAUUAAAUGUAAAACGCAUGCAUUUUAUGUGUUGCGUUUUAUGUAUGGCGAUUGCGUAUCGUCGAUAAAGAGAGCAGUAAAAGAAAAAGAUAGAAAGAGAAGGAAAGACUGGCUA